AGUGCUCGCGGGGCCGUGGUGGAGGGCAGCGUGCAGCCGUGCUAGCUCCUAGUCGCCCGCGGGUCGGCGCGCUAGCCCAGACGAGCGGCGACCAGGGCUGCGGGGCGGCCGGUCUGCACGGUCAGCCGCCGCCUGGGAAGCCGUGGCAGCUAGUCCCAGCUCCGAGAUGGGGAGCUGGCGAAGUUGACUAGCCCCCAGACCCGCGCUGCGUCCCUCCUGCCCCAGAGGGGCUGCGGCCAGCGGUCUGUCGCGCGUGCUUGUUUGCCAAAGGAGCUGUCCCUGGGAGAAGACCCACAGAAGAGUUGUUUCCCCAGGGCAUACCUGCAGCCCAGCCCAGGGGCUCGGGCGGCCUGGAUGCGCAGGACCCAGCCCCGCAGCCGCUGACGCCGGGCGACGGCGAAGUUUGGCUGCUGAGCGGCGCGGCGCAGGGCCACUGGACAGCGGGCACCCCAGCGGCUGCGGCGGCUGGAGGGAUGCCGGUGGGGGGCCUGUUGCCGCUCUUCAGCAGCCCGGCGGGCGGCGGCCUGGGCGGCGGCCUGGGCGGGGGGCUCGGCGGCGGCGGCAGCGGCGGCAGGAAGGGAUCCGGCCCCGCCGCCUUCCGCUUGACAGAGAAGUUCGUGCUGCUGCUGGUGUUCAGCGCCUUCAUCACGCUCUGCUUCGGGGCGAUCUUCUUCCUGCCCGACUCCUCCAAGCUGCUCAGCGGGGUCCUGUUCCACUCCAGCCCCGCCCUGCAGUCGGCCGCCGACCAUAAGCCCGGGCCCGGGGCGCGCGCCGAGGACGCGGCAGAUGGGCGAGCCAGGCGAGGCGAGGAGGGCGCGCCCGGGGACCCGGCGGCCGCCCUGGAGGACAACUUGGCCAGGAUCCGCGAAAACCACGAGCGGGCUCUCAGGGAAGCCAAGGAGACCCUGCAGAAGCUGCCCGAGGAGAUCCAAAGAGACAUCCUGCUGGAGAAGGAGAAGGUGGCCCAGGACCAGCUGCGUGACAAGGCUGUAUUCAGGAGGCUGCCCCCGGUGGACUUCGUGCCCCCAGUCGGGGCGGUUGGCCGAGAGCCGGCCGACGCUGUCAUCCGCGACAAGAGGGCAAAGAUCAAAGAGAUGAUGAAACAUGCUUGGAAUAAUUAUAAACGGUAUGCCUGGGGAUUAAAUGAACUGAAACCUAUAUCAAAAGAAGGCCAUUCGAGCAGUUUGUUUGGUAGUAUUAAAGGAGCAACAAUAGUAGAUGCCCUGGAUACACUUUUUAUAAUGGAAAUGAAAGAUGAAUUUGAAGAGGCAAAAUCAUGGGUUGAAGAAAAUCUAGAUUUUAAUGUGAAUGCUGAGGUUUCUGUUUUUGAAGUAAAUAUACGCUUUGUUGGUGGACUACUCUCAGCUUACUAUCUGUCCGGUGAAGAGAUAUUUCGAAAGAAAGCAGUGGAACUUGGGGUAAAAUUGCUACCUGCAUUUCAUACUCCCUCUGGAAUACCUUGGGCAUUGCUGAAUUUAAAAAGUGGGAUUGGAAGGAACUGGCCCUGGGCCUCAGGAGGCAGCAGUAUUUUGGCAGAAUUUGGAACUCUGCAUUUGGAGUUUCUACACCUGAGCCACUUAUCAGGAAACCCCAUCUUUGCUGAAAAGGUAAUGAAUAUUCGAACAGUACUGAACAACCUGGAAAAACCACAAGGCCUUUAUCCUAACUAUCUGAAUCCCAGUAGUGGACAGUGGGGUCAAUAUCAUGUAUCAGUUGGAGGACUCGGAGACAGCUUUUAUGAAUAUUUGCUAAAGGCAUGGUUAAUGUCUGACAAGACAGAUCUAGAAGCUAAGAAGAUGUAUUUUGAUGCUGUUCGGGCAAUUGAGACUCACUUGAUCCGCAAGUCUAGUACGGGGCUGACUUACAUCGCAGAGUGGAAAGGGGGCCUCCUGGAACACAAGAUGGGUCACCUGACCUGCUUUGCUGGAGGCAUGUUUGCACUUGGGGCCGACGACGCUCCCACAGGCCUGACCCAGCACUACCUUCAGCUCGGGGCUGAAAUUGCCCGAACCUGUUAUGAAUCUUACAAUCGCACCUAUAUGAAACUGGGACCGGAAGCUUUCAGGUUCGAUGGUGGAGUUGAAGCCAUUGCUACAAGGCAGAAUGAAAAGUACUACAUCCUACGGCCAGAGGUUGUUGAGACUUACAUGUACAUGUGGCGACUGACUCAUGAUCCAAAGUACAGGAAAUGGGCCUGGGAAGCCGUAGAGGCCCUGGAAAAUCACUGCCGCGUGAACGGAGGCUAUUCGGGCCUCAGGGACGUUUAUCUCAGACACGAGAGUCACGACGACGUGCAGCAGAGUUUCUUCCUGGCAGAGACACUCAAAUAUUUGUACUUAAUAUUUUCUGAUGAUGAUCUACUUCCACUGGAACACUGGAUCUUCAAUACCGAGGCACAUCUUCUCCCUGUACUCUGUACGAAUAAAAAGGAAGUUGAAGUCAAUGAAAAAUAAAAAGACAUUUUAUAUUUUACUCUGCUCCAUUCCCUUCACUGCAUACCUUAAUAAUUCCUUUUCUGGUAUUCAGGCACAUGAUGAAUUUUUAUCAGUAGGUCUGUGGUUAUUCUAAGUUCUAAAAUUGUUUUGCAGUCUUUUAUGUUUAUUUUCAUAGGCAUAGAUGGACCUAAAUUCCUUAUCAUAUCCUUUAUUAUUCAGUCAGUGGAUCACAGGUUUAUACUUUUUUUAAGUAAUCUCUGGAGUUCAUGAAGGUAUAUCAUUUUUAUUACACCGAAUAAAAUGGUAUACCAAUGACCUCUUAGUUACAAUUUUCAUUUGACUGCAAAACUUUUUCCUCCUCUAUGAGGAGAUGACAUCUGCUUUAAGCUGUAAUGUUUUGCCAUGUUGCAAAAAGCCAUAAUAAUAAAUUAAAUAUUAAAAAAGCUUUUUCCUUUUCAAUUUUAUGUUAAUCUGGUUUGUCUAUCCACCAGAGACAGAUCUUAUAACUGUGACAGACAGCCUCUUUAUGCAGGUCUAUCAUUAUUUGAUAGAAUGUCUUCUAAAAUACUUCAUUCACAUUGUAAUUCAAAUUAGAAUGUCAUUCCCAAAAGGAUCAUCUCAUGUUGACCUCAUUUCAUUGGAACCACAGUAUAUUUUUGUUGAUUAUAUUAGUGUUUCCUAAUUUGUGAAUUAGUUCUCAAAUUUUACUUUAAAUGCCCUGGGUCAUUUCUGGAUCAUGUCCUGGUUAACUUCUUCCAUCCCCUACCACACGAAUGGAGCUUUCAAGUUUUGCAGAGCUCUGCUAUUACUGAAUUAUAUUUUUUGAAAGAAAACAGUAUAACUUUUCAUGUGUUAGCUUUUGCUUUUAACGGAGUAUAUGAAGAAAUUGAGUCUCUCUAAAGAAAGGGUGAGUAUUUAACAUGGUUUUUACUUUGUAUUUCAUCUUUAAGGUUUUUUUCUUGUUCUCAAAAAAAGCAUUACAUUUGGUCCACAUUUUUUUUCAGAUUUGAAAAGGGCCCUUUCUCAAAUGUAGUAAAUUAUUUCAUUUCAAUUUGUGAAAGCAGGAUUUAACUCUGAAAGAAGCUUUGCUAAUGUGUCUAUUCAGGGUCAAUUGAAGAAAAUCUAAUAAACUUUCAGGCCAAAUAAGAAUAUAGUACAUUUUGUCUGGUCAAACUCAACACAGAGAUUCCAGCUUAAAAGCAAUAUAUGGGAAUAGACAUUCCUAAUCCCCCACAGUCGUAUAGCAGAUCAAAAUAAUUAUAUGAUUCUUCAUUAAGAAUAAGGAUUA